AUGGUAGACAAGAUGGCCUCCUUUGGCCGGAUCUUGUUGCGACGCAGGGUACUGGACUGCUCCGAUGAGGGAAGCCGCUUCGCCCGCUGCCUCUCCACACUGGACCUGGUGGCGCUGGGGGUGGGCUCUACGCUAGGGGCAGGGGUGUACGUCCUGGCUGGUGAGGUAGCCAGGGAGAAGGCUGGUCCUGCCAUCGUGCUCUGCUUCCUCAUCGCUGCGCUCUCCUCCAUGCUGGCCGGACUCUGUUACGCCGAGUUUGGCGCCCGCGUACCCAAGACUGGUUCGGCGUACCUGUACAGCUACGUGACGGUUGGCGAGAUCUGGGCUUUCAUCACGGGGUGGAACCUCAUCCUCUCCUAUGUCCUCGGUACAGCCAGUGUGGCCCGAGCCUGGAGCUCUAAUGUCGAUAGCCUGGUGGAGCAGAGGAUAUCAGACUUCUUCAGGUCGUCCAUGGCCAUGAACGUCCCGGGGGGCGUGCUGGCUGAAUACCCGGACCUGUUUGCGCUCAUCCUCGUGCUCUUAUUAACCGGGCUGCUGGCGUUUGGCGUGAGUGAGUCGGCUCUGGUGAAUAAGAUCUUCACGGGGGUCAACCUGGUGGUGCUGGGCUUCGUCAUCAUCUCAGGCUUUGUGAAGGGAGACACAAACAACUGGAACCUUACUUUGGAUGACUUUAACAACACCUACCGUGUCAUCAACGCCAAUAUCACCAACGCGUCCAGCUUAUCCAAAGAGGUUGUGGAUAAGACGUUUGGCACAGGUGGUUUUGCUCCGUUUGGCCUCCGUGGCAUUUUGUCUGGUGCCGCCACGUGUUUCUAUGCCUUUGUGGGGUUCGACUGCAUCGCCACGACAAGCGAAGAGGCUAAGAACCCAACGCGCUCCAUCCCUGUGGGCAUCGUGGCCUCUCUGCUCAUCUGUUUCUUCGCCUACUUCGGGGUGUCUGCGGCCCUCACCCUCAUGAUGCCCUACUACCUGCUGGACACCAAGAGCCCCCUGCCAAAGGCCUUCAUCCACAUAGGCUGGCCUGCUGCUCACUACAUCGUGGCUGUGGGCUCCCUCUGUGCUCUCUCCACCAGCCUGCUUGGGUCCAUGUUCCCCAUGCCGAGGGUGAUCUACGCCAUGGCAGAGGAUGGGCUCCUGUUCCGUGGCCUGUCCCGCAUGAACACGCGCACCAAGACGCCCCUGAUGGCCACUAUCGUCUCUGGCUGUGUGGCAUCUCUGAUGGCCUUCUUCUUUGACCUGGCUGCCCUGGUUGACCUCAUGUCCAUAGGGACACUGCUGGCCUACUCACUAGUGGCCAUCUGUGUGCUCAUCCUCAGGUACCAGCCGGGCACCCUGAGCUCGUCCAGUCAGAGUGAGAAGCUGGUGGAGCUGGUGGGAGGGGAGAAGGUGGCCGUGUCCGGGCGAGACAGCGGUGACGAGUACGGCCUGGAUCUGGAGGACGGACCCCUCCGGGAGAAGUUCACCCCCCGCCUCCUCCUCUUGCCCAGCGGGAAUCUACCCACUAAGAUCUCUGGGAACAUCGUCUAUGCCACCACGGCCAUUAUCUCGGUGCUCAUCACUGUGCUGUGUGUGGUGUUGGCGGGGAAGCUGGAUGAGUUGAUCGAGGUUCAGCCUGUGUGGGUCACGGUGUGUGUAGUACUGGCCUUGCUCUGUGCCCUUUGUGUCGUCAUCAUCUGGAGGCAACCCGAGAGCAAGGAAGCCCUCACCUUCAAGGUGCCCUUGUUGCCUUGGCUGCCUCUGUUCAGUGUCUUUGUCAACAUCUACCUCAUGAUGCAGCUGGACCUGGCUACGUGGUGCUGCUUUGCUGUUUGGAUGGGCAUUGGAUUUGCAAUCUACUUCUGCUACGGGAUCUGGCACAGCAGCGAGGCAGCCAACAGCACCCCCCGGAAAUACGAGCCUGCCCUCCAGACCAAGAAGAAGCCCAUCUACCUGGGGAGAGACGAGAGUGAGGCGGAGGGGAUGAGCCCCUGAACGGCUAGGGGCUGGAGGAAACCCCACACGUUAUACCUCUGAAGUGAAGGCAGACAAUUCAACUGACACUGCAAUGUGUGUGUCUAGAUUUGUUGCCUUUCAUUUUUGGGAGAUCUGUCUUACACUUUAUUGGACAGUUUAUGAGUAAUACUUUCAACACUUAAUGUUUCUAUUAACAUUACUAGUGAUUUUUAAAAUGUAUUUAUUAACCGUUAGUCUCUUCCUAGUUGGUGGCUGUGGCCGUGCCUCCAAUCGUUAGCCCCCGGGGGCCCCCCGCAGCUAUAUGAAGUACAGCUGUACAGGAUCUGUUGGUUAGGGCCAUGUGUAUUACUGGGUACCAGUGUGUCUGUGGGGUUUACGGCCUUGGUCAGGGCCUCCGUAGACUUGUUAACGGUGUCGAGGCCCAACGCGGGCGUUUUUUGGGAUGACUGUCGUAGACGAGCUGUCCUCCACCUGCCAAAGAGCAACCUAUUUAACAGGACUUUGUGCACCUAGUUGCAGAAACAAUUAUUUUUGUUGGUGUCAGCUUCUUCAAUAUGUCUCAUGAAAUGGAAAUAUCACCACAGAGACCUCGAACUACAUAUCCUAUAAUGUUAAAUGCGUUUAUGAACAAUCUGUUGCCGGUGAUUUUUCUGUCGUACAUUUGUCUUCGAAUGUAUGGUAAAAAUAGUCAAAGUAAUGAUGUAUGUUAUCAUUUUCAUGGUGAUGUAAGUCCCUGUGUUACUUGCCUCUGAGGUCCAUCCAAAGAAUUGACUGAGGUAAAUCAACCCUUGGAGAGUGAUAAAGCAUCCCAGCACCUCUGCACUGUCUGCUGAAUAAUCUUUAAUCUGGUAUCGUCAUUUGGGCUGUUCUGUACUCGUGUAACCCCCUUCAUAUGCAUUUCUAUUUAUCUCUGGAGUUCUGAUUUACAAAUCCGAGCUACCCUUUUUAUAUGGAAAUACUUGAGUUUGAGAUCUCUGCCUCGAAUGCUUGAGCUGUCUACAGACGUAGAUUUAACUGUCAAACAAAGAACUACCUGUAUGAUCUAGACACUGCGCUGUAUUGACUCUUUUUAAAAGGCAGUGAUUUUAGUCCUGGUCAGGUAUUACCACUAAUAUUACUUUAGCUGUAGAUUCUUGUGAACCUAUUUUCACAAACAUUUUUAGUUUCCAUUGAAACUUGUUCUUGGCAGCUUGGCUGUCGAGUUUGCAUCUUCAUUUUAGCCAUCUAUUUUCCUGCUAUGCCCUUCAACUGACUUUAAUCGAGUAAUGUGCUUUUUAUAGAUGUGUUUUGUCUUUUACAUGUACUCUUGAUUACCCCCUUGCUUUUAAUGUGUUACUGUAUAUAGCAAAACUUUUGCUUCACCAAAUAAUUGACAGGUCUACUCGUGACUCUAUUUGUUAAGUCACUAGUUGUGGUGCUGCUUGACCAAAUGACAUUUUGCUUUGGAGACACUGGUUCAAGAGCAUUAGUAUGACCAGCAAAAAUUGGUCUCUAAAUUUGAACUUUAUUUGCUCUGCUCCAAAGACCAUGGAGAUGGCGAGGAUAAUUGAUAGAUAUGGUAUUGUAGUACGGUAAUAACUGUAGAUGUACUGUGUGUAUAGCUGUAUUUUAUUAGUAUAAUGCUGUAUAUUAUACAAAUGGACAUGUUUUUAUAGUUGUGCUUCUCGGCAUUACUUUUAACAACAUCGUUUCUUGAGGGUUUGUUAGACAAAAGAAACCGGUUCCUCCAAAAGAAACCGGUUACUAAAAAUGCCUACCACCUCAAAGAUCCCACUGGCUGGUAAACCAAGACACAGGUUUUUAUCUUCGGUUUUAUAUACUGUAAAUACACUGCAUGACCAAAAGUAUGUGGACACCUGCUCGUCAAACAUCUCAGUCCAAAAUCAUGGGCCUUAAUAUGGAGUUGGUCCCCCCCCCCCCCUUUGCUGAUAUAACAGCCUCCACUCUUCUGGGAAGGUUGUCCACCAGAUGUUAGAACAUAGCUGUGUGGAUUUGCUUCUAUUCAGCCAUGAGCAUUAGUGAGAUCAGGCACUGAUGUUUGGCAAUUAGGCCUUGGCGUUCCAAUUCAUCCCAAAGGUGUUCGGUGGGGUUUAGGGCAGGCCUCUUUGCAGGCCAGUCAAGUUCUUCCACACCAAUCUCGACAAACCAUUUCUGUAUGGAACUCGCUUUGUGUACGGUUGCAUUGUCAUGCUGAAACAGGAAAGG